UAGUGUUUGGUUACUUUGGUAUAUAGGGUUUAAGGCAGCAGUGCGAAAAGAAUACGCAGCCUCACUUUCACGCUCUUCAGCUUUAAUUUCACAAACUCAAAGAAAUUGGAGAUUUAGAACAGCCUCACUUACACGCUCUUUUCAUUCUUCAAAUAAAUCUCCAAAGAUGCAAUUAACUCUUGAAUUCGGUGGAGGACUAGAACUUCUUUGCGACUCGGUGAAGAUCCAUAGUGUAGAUGUUGACCUUCCAGCUGAAGAAAAGAAGUUAACCAUGAAGCAAUUGCUUGCUUGGGUUCGAUCCAAUUUAAUCAAGGAGAGGCCUGAAAUGUUUAUGAAGGGUGACACUGUGCGGCCUGGGGUUCUUGUUCUUGUGAAUGACUGUGACUGGGAACUGAGUGGUCAACUUGAUACAUCCUUGGAAAAUAAGGAUGUUGUUGUUUUCAUUUCUACCUUACAUGGUGGGUAGUCACUAUGUGACUUGGUGCUUAUGUUUCGAGUACGUGAUACAACUUUGAAAGCUAAGGCUGUUGUCGUUUCCUUAUGUACUUCGUAUUGUGGAUAGUUCCUCCUUCUCGGAUAUACUUUGAUGUUUCAACUUUAAAUGUUAUUAUUUGAAGUACCAAUGUAGCUACAGCUUGCAAGACACAUUGUAUACUUAUCAUCUACUUGAGUUUAUGUAGUCAUAAACUAAGAUAUGCUUUGAUGUU